CUCUAGGGGGCUUACUGAGUUCAUGAGAAUGUAUGAGGGUGAGAGAGCGUUGAGAAGAGCAAAGCGCGAACGAGAGAUUUGUACAUUUGUAGCCAUUCCCUUCGAUUGUCGCCUACACACGUCGAUUGAUAAACGUUUUCAUCUGAAACGAGAAGACAGCGAAGUAUGUCUACCAACACAGAGGGAGAAAAGUAGUCCACAUUGCGCGCUAUUCGAAGGGUGUCAGUCAAUGUGUAGUGGGCCACUCCAAGGCAGACACACUCCUCCUAUGUGUCCUUGUCCAGUCCUUGUGUGAGCUGAUCUGGGACCAGUGGGAUAAAUGAGUGGCCUGGCUGAGGAUCGCAGCGUUGGCACACACCACAAAGCCUACACAGUAGGAUGUCGUGGGUCCGAGGCUUCUUCGUAGCCAAAGUGGACGAACGAAAGACCGCGUGGGGGGAGCGCAAUGGCAGAAAGUCCAACAAGCGGAAGAACGGUUGCUCAGGGUCAUCUCUCUGCAAGCCCCGCUGCAUGAGCUGCCUGCGGGACGGUGAGGACCUGGAUCCCACCCCUCCCACCCCCCAGCACUACCACCGUGGAGGAGGGGGGUCCGGCCCCAGCGGAGGGGGUAACUUUGGGAUGCGCUGUGGCUGGCAGGAGGACCACUAUGGGAAACGGACUGGGGCGGCGGGAGACCUGGGGUUGAAGGCCGUGGAUCUGGGGUUCGAUGAUGGAGACCUGACAGGGAGGAAAGGUCCAGGGGAAGAGGAUUUGGGGGAAGGAACGGGGGAGGACGGAGGAACAUGCAAAGCCUUCACAGCCGCGGAGUGCUGGAUGCGCGUCGUACGAGUUUUCCAGUCGAAAAAGUUCACGUCGGCGAAACUGGAACGUCUGUACCAGCGCUACUUCUUCAGGCUCAACCAGAGCUCUCUGACUAUGCUGAUGGGUGUCCUUGUCAUAGUCUGCGGCGUCAUGCUAGCCUUCCACUGUGUCCACGCUCCGCCCGACGUAGCCUACGCCUCGGUGCUCUCCGUGGCCAUGGCCCUCUUCCUGUCCAUGAUGGUGGUGUGUAACAGGAACGGCUUCCACCAGGACUACAUGUGGAUCGUCAGCUACUUGGUGAUCGGGGUGCUGCUGGUGGUCCAGGUGUUCGGGGUGUUGAUGGUUGCCCCCCGAAGCGCCUCUGAGGGGAUCUGGUGGUCCGUGUUCUUUAUAUACAUAAUCUAUACGCUGUUGCCAGUGAGGAUGAGAGCUGCAGUGCUGAGUGGAGGGGUACUGUCUACCAUACACCUCAUCACCGCAUGGCAACUCAACCAGGACGAUGUUUUCCUAUGGAAACAGCUGAGUGCCAACGUGUUGGUCUUCCUGUGCACCAACAUGAUAGGUAUCUGUACCCACUACCCUGCUGAGGUAUCGCAGAGACAGGCCUUUCAGGAGACCAGGGGGUACAUCCAGGCCCGGCUCUACCUACAGAGAGAGAAUCAGCAACAGGAGCGCCUGUUGCUGUCGGUGCUGCCGAGGCACGUUGCCAUGGAGAUGAAGGCAGAUAUCAACGCCAAGAAGGAAGAUAUGAUGUUCCACAAGAUCUACAUCCAGAAACAUGACAACGUCAGUAUACUGUUUGCAGACAUCGAAGGAUUCACCAGCCUGGCAUCACAAUGCACCGCACAAGAGUUGGUCAUGACACUGAAUGAACUUUUCGCUCGCUUCGACAAACUAGCUUCGGAGAACCACUGUCUGAGGAUCAAGAUCCUUGGAGACUGCUACUACUGUGUGUCUGGACUGCCUGAACCCAGGGCCGACCAUGCACACUGCUGUGUGGAGAUGGGAGUGGACAUGAUAGAGGCCAUCUCGCUGGUGAGAGAGGUCACAGGGGUCAAUGUGAACAUGCGUGUGGGUAUCCAUAGCGGCCGGGUCCACUGUGGGGUGCUGGGACUGAGGAAGUGGCAGUUUGACGUGUGGUCCAAUGAUGUCACUCUAGCCAAUCACAUGGAGGCAGGGGGUGCGGCAGGGCGUAUCCACAUCACCAAGGCCACCCUACAGUACCUGAAUGGGGACUAUGAGGUGGAGCCGGGGUUCGGAGGGGACAGGAACGCCUAUCUGAAGGAGAACAACAUCGAGACGUUCCUGGUGCUGGGGUGCAGCCAGAAAAGGAAAGAGGAGAAGGCAGCGAUGGCCAAGAGUGCCAUGAUGCAGCGGGUACGUGCCAACUCCACUGAGGGCCUGAUGCCACGCUGGGUACCCGACACAAGGUUCUCCAGGACCAAGGACUCCAAGGUCUUCAGGCAGAUGGGUAUCGAUGAAACAUCCAGACAAGACAACCGCUGUGCCCAAGAGGCCCUGAACCCUGAGGAUGAGGUGGAUGAGUUUCUGGGCCGAGCCAUCGACGCCCGCAGCAUAGACCAACUCCGUAAAGACCACGUCAAGAAGUUCCUCCUCACCUUCCAGACUAAAGACCUGGAGAAGAAGUACUCUAAGAAGGUGGAUGAUCGUUUUGGAGGCUACGUGGCCUGUGGUCUGUUAGUCUUCUGCUUCAUCUGUUUCAUCCAGAUUAUUAUCUUCCCCCACACUCCCCUCAUGCUGGGUCUUUACAUCAGCAUCUUCAUCCUCCUCGUCAACAUCCUCUUCAUCUGUGCCAUCUACUCCUGCAUCAAGCUCUUCCCGGCUGCAUUGCAGACGCUGACGAAGAAGAUCGUCCAGUCUCGUACCAAUAGUACCCUGGUGGGAGUCCUCACCAUCAUACUCCUCUUCAUGUCUGCCUUCGUUAACAUGUUUACCUGUGACAGAGAGGGCCUGGUGGACUGUGUGGUGCGUGAGCGUAACCUGUCCUCCAGUUUGGUGACUCUGUGUCUACUACACAACCUGACACAGUCGGCACAGGACGGACUGACCCUGUGCCCCAGCCAGCCCAUGCCAUGCCACUUCCCUGAGUAUUUCUGCUACAGUGUUCUCCUGACCCUGCUGGCCUGCAGUGUGUUCCUCCACAUCAGCAGUAUAGGCAAGCUGGCCCUUAUGGUGCUGAUCCAGGUCACCUUCCUGUUGCUCGUGGAGUGGCCCCAGGUGGCCCUGUUCGACAACGCAGAUCUGCUGCUCACCGCCAACACCCUCUCUUUCACACCUUUGAAUGACUCUCUAGAUUGGUUUCCUAGUUUCAAUGAAACAGUUACAGAGACGUGCCAGGAGAGUGUGACCAAGGUGUCUCUAAAGGUCAUGACCCCUGUCAUCCUGACGGUGUUCGUCCUGGCUCUUUACCUACACGCUCAGCAGGUUGAGUCCACUGCACGCCUCGACUUCCUGUGGAAGCUGCAGGCUACAGAGGAGAAAGAGGAGAUGGAGGAGCUUCAGGCCUACAACCGCCGCCUCCUCCACAACAUCCUACCUAAAGACGUGGCCGCCCACUUCCUGGCGCGGGAGCGGCGUAACGACGAGCUCUACUACCAGUCCUGUGAGUGUGUGGCCGUCAUGUUCGCCUCCAUCUCCAACUUCUCUGAGUUCUACGUGGAGCUGGAGGCCAACAAUGAGGGAGUGGAGUGUCUCAGGCUGCUCAACGAGAUCAUCGCCGACUUUGACGAGAUCAUCAGUGAGGACAACUUCCGUCAACUGGAAAAGAUAAAGACCAUCGGUAGUACCUACAUGGCUGCCUCUGGCCUCAACGACUCCACCUACGACCGUGAGGGACGAUCACACAUCCUAGCUCUGGCAGACUAUGCUAUGAGACUCAGGGAACAGAUGAAGUACAUCAACGAACACUCCUUCAAUAACUUCCAGAUGAAGAUAGGUCUCAACAUGGGUCCAGUGGUGGCAGGGGUGAUCGGGGCCAAGAAGCCCCAGUAUGACAUCUGGGGGAACACUGUCAACGUGGCCAGUCGUAUGGACAGCACAGGAGUCCCAGACUGCAUACAGGUGACCACAGACCUGUACCAUGUCCUGGUAAACAAAGGCUACCAGCUGGACCACAGAGGCCUGGUCAAGGUGAAGGGGAAAGGGGAGAUGACCACCUACUUCCUGACCAGCGGUCCCAAUGGUACCCAGGGCAGUUAACGGACGGUCACGGGACUACCGCUGGCUGCUAAUACAUGAAGAGGAGAGAGAUGGACAGGGAGCGAGAGCGGGCGAGGGGGGAGUGAGGGUGUGAGAAAAGAGAGCGAGAGGAGGGAGAGAGAUGAGGAAAAAAAGAAACAGUUCAAAGCCCUGAAGGAAAUGUUUGUGUGUGUGUGUGUGUGUGUGUGUGUGUGUGUGUGUGUGUGUGUGUGUGUGUGUGUGUGUGUGUGUGUGUGUGUGUGUGUGUGUGUGUGUGUGUGUGUGUGUGUGUGUGUGUGUGUGUGUGUGUGUAAUCAUGUAUUCUUAUGCACACUACUUUAGGUUUGGGUCUCAAAUGGCUCCCUGUAUAGGCCCAGGGCCCUGGUUAAAAUUAGUGCACUGUAUAGGGAAUACGGUGACAUAUGGGACGCAAACCAGGAACUUGGUUCUCACUUCAAGGCUUUAGACACGAAGCUACUUGAAAGAUAUAAUUAGCAAAUUAUAGUGAAGACCUAUUGCCUUAGAAGGAAAUUACUGAACAAAAGGCUAUAUUUGUUUUGUUGUGAGCUACACAACAAAUACUUCACAUCCGGAGCUAUUAUUUAUUUUUCACUGAAAUGGAAGGAUUUUUUUGUUGUCAUGACGACCUUGUAACAAAAACUACAUAUGUAUUAUAUGAAAUAUUCAAGGAUGAGAAGGAUGACAAUGACCAAAGAACAAAUGUUUUAUUAUGAGGGACUGACUCAACCAAUUUCUGUUUGACAUGACUGCGGAUGGAACAACUGACAUGACUGCAGAAGGAACAACUGACAUGACUGCAGAAGGAACAACUGACAUGACUGCGGAUGGAACAACUGACAUGACUGCGGAUGGAACAACUGACAUGACUGCGGAUGGAACAACUGACAUGACUGCGGAUGGAACAACUGACAUGACUGCGGAUGGAACAACUGACAUGACUGCAGAAGGAACAACUGACAUGACUGCGGAUGGAACAACUGACAUGACUGCAGAAGGAACAACUGACAUGACUGCGGAUGGAACAACUGACAUGACUGCAGAAGGAACAACUGACAUGACUGCGGAUGGAACAACUGACAUGACUGCAGAAGGAACAACUGACAUGACUGCGGAUGGAACAACUGACAUGACUGCGGAUGGAACAACUGACAUGACUGCAGAAGGAACAACUGACAUGACUGCAGAAGGAACAACUGACAUGACUGCGGAUGGAACAACUGACAUGACUGCAGAAGGAACAACUGACAUGACUGCAGAAGGAACAACUGCAAACCUGUUGUUUUUUCAGCUUUUUCUUUCUUGUCGCUUUUGACAACAAGGGCCACGGAAAACAACGUCAUUGUCUUUGAUAGCGGCGAACACAUUAUUGUUUUUGACUUUGAUAUGCUUGCUAAAAUGAAAAGAGAGCUGAGAAAUCUUGUCUUUGAUUGUGCACUGUGAACGAAGAGAGACCACACACAAGCAGAGCAGCCUUGGAUUGGAUUUCUGUGUUCCUUUCAGGGCCUCUAUUGUGCGCAGGGUAAUUCUAACCCACAUAAGGUUGUGGGUUCUCUUUUCUAUGUAUCAUCAAUGACAUUCCCUCUCUAGAUGUAUUUCUUUGGUACAAGCCAAAACAGAAACUUUAGUGACGGACAAACAAACAACUGCAUUGCUACCAUGGUACCGGAGUGAGUGUUUUCAUUGCUGUGAGAUGUUUUAUAUGAAAUAAGUGUGUGCGUGUGAGGCUAAGUGUAUGCUGUUCUUUAUCUUUAAAGGGGCAUAAUUUUUCACUGUGAGGUUUUUAAAGAUUCUGUAUGACAAGUGGGUGUGCAUCCCAAAUGACACCAUAUUCCCUAUAUAGUGCACUACUUUUGAUCAGAGCCCUAUGGCCCCUGGUCCAAAGUAGUGUACUACAUAGGGAAUAGGGUGCCAUUUUGGACGCACACAUGCCAAAUUGAUGCUGCAAGGCUUAUGCGUGUAGUUUUUAUAUCUUAUACUUUGGAGUUGUGUGUUCAUUCCUGAUUUUAUGUUUGUUGAUUUGAUUUAAAUCACCUUUACUUCAUGCCUUUUAUUUUACUGUGAUUAUGAUCACAAUUCCAUUCCAACCCUUAAUGUCUAAAAACCCACAAAUUGAUUUUGGAUUGUGUUUAAAGGAGGUGGUAAUCUACACACGGUGGGCCUAUAGCCUACAGUACAAUGUUACAUGUACAGGAGAAUACACAAAAGUUAUCUGGUUGAACACUAGCUGUUAACUUGAAAUAAGAGGUACAUAUAAUGGUAGUAUCUGUACUCCAUAGUAUUUGACACCAUCCAAUAGUAUUGGUAUUUGGCACAUAGAUGCUCUUUACACCCCAAAGGAGUAGUUGAAACUCAUCUUAUGAAUGUACAAAAUAUACUGUAUGUCUAUGGUGAAACUACUACUUAUUAUUGAAAGAAAUGACCAGAAAACUAGUUUUAAUAGUGCCAAUACAGGCUCCCAGGUCAGGACAGGGACGUGGAAAGAGCUACUUCCGUAUUAUGUAAAGUACUAUUGCUAUUGAAUAGAAAUGAAGGUUUAUGUCCCUUGAUCCCACUUAUCCCCCCCAAUACUGAGGCUCACUGUACUGUACCAGGGAGUAGGUUACAGUAUGUAGGCCCUACCGUGGUGACUUGUGGUCUCUGUCUAUCUAUCUUCUUCCUCGACCUAUGUCAUGUUCAUUAGGAACGGAAGAAAAUAAGUGAAACAGGGAGGUACUACAGUACCUGAACUUGUCAAAUACGAAAUGGCUUGUUUAGGUUUUUUUUGUGGCAAAACAGACUCCUACUGUGAACACGAGCCCAAUGAACACGAGCCUGCUGAUGCUGAUCAACCUGUGUGUAGGAAGGAAGGGUUCUCUGAUUGAAGUUGUUUUGUUCCCGCUUUUUUCAUUUUCUUCAUCCUUUUCCCAUUCGUUUCUUACUGUAUUUGAGUUGAAAGGCCAACAAAUACUGUUUGUUUGUUUUUCCAUUCCAAAAAUAACAAUAUAGCAGAAUUGAAGAAAUGAAAUGGUUUGAUUUCCCCUUAAAACUACAUCAAUACAUUACUGUUUUGUGUUAUUGAUGAUCAUUUAUUUAUUAUUAUGUUACUAUUCAGUGUCUUCCCCUAAUCAAUGUGCAAUCUAGGCCUGUGUGUUUUUCUGCUGUUUCAUUGCAAUGCACAUUUUAUUAAAAUAAUUAGUUGGAUAA